GCCACACUGCUGCCUCAGGCCGCCAUGCCACCUAACCUCUGUCCCUAGCUCGUCUGCUGUAGAGCUCCGCCGACGUCGAGCGGAGGAAAUCCAGGUCCGCAACAGCUUCACGAGAAUAACCCACGACCCGCGCCAUCUUUGAAAUCGGGAUUUACACAAAUCGUAUCCCAGCCGGACCAUCACACCCGCUCAUUCCGUGUGACCGCUGUGCCUUGUUUCCCAUCCGUGACGAUUCCCUCCCGAGACGGACACGAUAACGAUUAGACCUGACCGACAUCGGGUUAUUCGAUCGAAUACAUCAGUAGAAGGCGUGUUGUUCGACGAUAGUUGUCCAAAUUCCACUACUAAAGUCCUGCAAAUACGAGUCGAAUCGUCACGUUUAGGCUGGUCCUGAUCUCCGACACCUCCCUUCUAUAUCAAACCGAGGAUACUACGAAUAAAGAACAUUCAAAAUGGCGAACGGGUGGAGUCUCGUCAUCGGACUGAUUUUCAUCGUCCUCGCUUCCGUCGUUGCCUGGGUGUUUAGUCCAAAGGGCGAAAACCAGACACUUUGGAGAAGUACGCUCAUUCUAUCAUUCGCUUCGUGUUAUCUCAUGUGGGCUAUUGUAUUCCUUGCACAAUGGCAUCCUCUCAUCUCGCCCAAGAGAUCAGAUAUCAGACCUGGACGGGUACCGGAAUAAGAUGUUUACACGGAGUUUGGAUGAGAUAGAUGAGAAGAGGGAAUUUGAGAAGUGAAGUAUGUGGCCCAGAUGAAACAAACAGAGAUUCGGUUUUUGUAUAGUUAUAUCAUAUCCUUGUUUUCCUAUUUUUACAUGUUUUUUUCUCGCUUUCAGCGUUUACGGUUACACAUAAUCCAGUAUUACUUCUGGAGUCAUGGCUUUGGCAGAUAUGUAAGUUUCCUUGAUUACUUGAAGAUGAAUAUUAUCUCAAUAAAUAACGAUGACUACCC